CCUUACACCAUCACGCAAUGGCAUCCCCAAAGAUCAUCCUGCCCGAGAAGGGCAAGCAGAACAUCCUCAUCACCAGCGCAUUGCCAUAUGUAAACAAUGUGCCUCACCUUGGCAAUGUUGUUGGAAGUGUUCUGAGUGCCGAUGUCUUCGCGAGAUACAGCAAGUUGAGGGGCAGGCCUACACUCUUCAUCUGCGGAACGGAUGAGUAUGGUACCGCCACCGAAACGAAGGCUCUCGAGACGGGACAGACGCCGCGAGAGUUGUGUGACGAAUUCCACAAGAAGCAUAAAGAUGUCUACGAUUGGUUCGAGGUUGCCUUUGACUACUUCGGCCGAACAACAACAGACCAGCAGACGGUCAUUGCCCAAGAUAUGUUCUUGAAGCUCUACAAGAACGGAUACAUGGAGGAGCGCACAACCACCCAGCCCUAUUGUGAAAAGCACGAGUCGUUUCUGGCUGACCGUUUUGUCGAGGGCACGUGUCCCAAGUGCCAAUACGAUGAUGCACGAGGCGAUCAAUGCGACAAGUGCGGCGCUCUGCUUGACCCAUUUGAGCUCAUCAACCCUCACUGCAAGAUAGAUGGCGCAACACCCGUUCCACGAGACACAACCCACAUCUUUUUGCGACUUGAUAAAGCUCAACCGGCCAUUGAAGAGUGGUUCGCCAAAUCAAGCGUCGAAGGAGGCUGGCCACAAAACGGUAUCAGUAUCACAAGAUCAUGGCUUGAUAAGGGUCUGGAGCCACGCAGUAUUACGCGCGAUCUCAAGUGGGGGACGCCAAUUCCGCUGCCAGGAUAUGAGAAGAAGGUGUUGUAUGUCUGGUUCGAUGCCACUAUCGGCUAUCCCUCAAUUACCGCGAACUACACGAAGGAUUGGGAGCUAUGGUGGCGAGACCCUGAGAAUGUCAAGUUGUAUCAAUUCAUGGGCAAGGAUAACGUACCUUUCCACACCGUCAUUUUCCCAGGUUCGCAGAUGGGAACUGGAGACAAAUGGACCAUGCUCAACCAUAUCUCCACUACCGAAUACCUGAACUACGAGAAUGGCAAGUUCUCAAAGUCAAGAGGAGUCGGUGUCUUUGGAGACUCGGUCAAGGAUACUGGUAUUCCACCUUCGGUCUGGCGGUAUUACUUGCUUGCAAACCGACCGGAGACUGGGGACACCCAAUUCGAAUGGAAAUCCUUCAUCGCCGCCAACAACAGCGAGCUUCUUGCCAAUCUUGGUAACUUUGUCAACCGGGUGGUUAAGUUCGUGAAUGCCAAGUUCGACGGUGUUAUUCCAGACUAUUCUCCCACCUACGAGGACGACUCUUUCGAUUUCCCCAACUUCAUCUCUGAGGUCAAUGCUCUUCUCGCGGAAUACAAUGCCGAUUUGGAGGCUGUGAGACUGCGUGCCGGUCUGAGGAAACUCAUGGAUAUCUCCGGUAAAGGCAAUAUCCUCCUCGCUGGCCGUCUUGAUAAUGCCAACCUAGCCGAACACCCUGCCAGAACACAUGCUAUUAUUGGUCUCGCACUGAACCUCGCAUACCUUAUUGCUUCUGUGUCUUCGCCAUACAUGCCGUCAACGGCGGCAUCGAUUGUUGAGCAGCUGAAUGCCCCUCUGCAGAAUAUCCCAGACAAGUGGACCCCUGGCGCGCUGGCUGGCGGACACAAGAUUGGCAAGGCUGCCUAUCUCUUCAGCCGGAUCGACGAGAAGAAAGAAGACGAAUGGAGAAAGAGAUAUGGUGGAACGCAAGCUUCUCGCCUGGCGGAUGAAGAAGCCAAAGCCAAGAAAGCAGCCGACAAAGCGAGGGAUAAGGAACGCAAGAAGGCCAAGAAGGCUGCUGCAAAGGCUGGCGAGGCAACUCCACAGGAGCCCCAGAAGGUGGAACUUCCGUUUAGAGGUGCUGUGGCAGAAGAACAGGCCCCCCCGCCAGCUGCGGCUCUAUAAAGUAGUUGACGGGUUGCCCU